AUGAUAUUGGCAUCAUACUCUGUCAAGUUGUACAACUACGCACACACAUCAAGAGUCCCAAAUCAGAUAGUCAAAAUACUUGUCAAGUCGUUUGACUCUGCCGAGACAUUCAAGCAGCAGUUUACAGCAGCAGCUCUUGGUGUAUUCGGAUCUGGUUGGGUGUUUCUUACUUGGACUCCUUCGAGUUCUACCAUGUCGAUCGUGACCACUGCUAAUCAAGAUCAUCCCGAGUUUGCACCUCAGUUUGCAGGUACUGGUGCCAUGACUUUACUUGCUCUUGAUGUCUGGGAACAUGCCUACUAUGUCAAAUACCGCAAUGUUCGUGCCAACUACGUUGCUGCCUGGUGGAGUGUCAUCAACUGGACCGAUGUUUGUACUCGUUUCCAAGGUGGUGCUGCCAAACUGUAA